AUGCCUGUCGCUCUUCGACCACCACCUGGCACACCAGGCAAGGCAUGGCCAGCCAUCUUAGUUGGUUUCUUCGUUGCCUUUGGAGGUGUGCUCUUCGGAUACGACACGGGAACGAUUGGUGGCAUUCUCGCUAUGCCGUACUGGCUACAAGAGUUCAGCACAGGCUACAUCGACCCGAUGACUGGAGCUCUAGGCAUCACAUCAAAUCAAAAGUCUGAGAUCGUCUCUCUACUCUCUGCUGGUACAUUCUUCGGUGCUUUGGCCGGUGCCCCAACGGGAGACUUCCUCGGUCGUAGAUUCGGUCUGAUGGCGUCGACGAUUGUGUUUUGCGUUGGAGUCAUUCUUCAGACGGCAGCAACAGAGAUCCCAACAUUCGUCGCCGGCAGAUUCUUCGCCGGCUUUGGCGUAGGCAUGGUCUCUAUGUUGAUUCCAUUGUACCAGUCUGAGACUGCACCUAAGUGGAUCAGAGGAACCAUCGUUGGUGCUUACCAGCUCGCCAUCACCAUUGGCUUGCUCCUUGCGGCUACCGUCGACAACGCCACGAAGAACCUCAACGACAGCGGCUCCUUACCGCAUCCCAAUCGCCGUCCAACUCCUCGAAUGUGGAUCAAGCGUGGCCAGCCUGAGAAGGCUGCCAAGUCCCUCAGCCGACUCCGACGACUGGACGUCGACCACCCAGCACUGGUUGAAGAGCUCGGCGAGAUCACUGCCAACCACGAGUACGAACUGUCCCUGGGUCAGGCUACAUACCUGGACUGCUUCAAGGGCAAUCUUGGAAAGCGCCUCGCGACUGGCUGUCUCCUCCAGGCUUUGCAGCAAUUGACUGGCGUUAACUUCAUCUUUUACUACGGUUCUUCCUUCUUUAAGAACUCUGGAAUCAACAAUGCCUUCAUCGUCAGCAUCAUCACCUCCUGCGUCAACGUGGGCUCGACAUUCCCAGGCCUCUACAUGGUCGAAGCCUGA